AUGGAUGAAGGAAAUCAGUCGGUAGUGUCAGAAUUUGUGCUUCUGGGACUUUGCCACUCUUGGAAUACACAGCUCUCACUCUUCCCGGUAUUUUUAAUGCUUUACCUGAUCAUUGUAUUUGGAAAUGUUCUCAUCGUGACCUUAAUCAUCAUUGACCACCAUCUCCAUUCCCCCAUGUACUUCUUCUUGGCCAACCUGUCCUGACUCCACUACUCUACCAUUAUGAGCCUACGAAGGUGCAUUGGGUUGGUGGUGAGUUACUGGAUCACUGGCUUUGUGCAUGCUUUCAGUCAAAUGGUGAUGAUUAUACAGCUGUCAUUCUGUGGUCCCAGAGAAAUAGACAGCUUCUUCUGUGAUAUACCUCUGGUUGUAGAGCUUGCCUGCAUGGAUACUUCUACCUUGGGAAUAUUCUUGAAUGGUGCCAGUGGAGUUCUAGGUUUGACCUUUGUUGUGUUACUGAUAUCCUACACGUACAUUCUUCUCACUGUCCGCCAGCGCUCUAAAACUGCUGUGUCUAAGGCUCUCUCCACCUGCACUGCCCACAUCACUGUAGUGGUGCUCUUCUUUGGGCCCUGCAUCUUCAUCUACGUGUGGCCACUGAGCAUUCCUUGGGUGGACAAGUUUCUUGCUGUGUUCUACUCUGUUAUUACACCUUUCCUGAAUCCCGCCAUCUAUAGCCUGAGAAAUAAAGAGAUGAAAAAUGCUAUGAAGAGGCUCAGAAACUAUUAUGUAGAUUCCGAGGUUAGUAUUUAA